AUGGAGGUCCAACGUGGUGCCGAAAUGAGGCGAAUUCACAUCAUUUAUUUUAUCAGCCGAAGGGGUCGUAUCGAGCAUCCACAUCUUGUUCGGGUCCAUCAUCUCUCUCGCAAUGGCGUUCGCCUACGAGAUGUUAAGCGAUGGCUUUCAGAAUUGAGAGGGAACGACAUGCCAGAAUCAUUUACUUGGUCAUACAAGAGGAAGUACAAGACAGGGUAUGUAUGGCAAGACUUGCUGGAUGAGGAUCUAAUUACUCCAAUCUCGGACAGUGAAUACGUCCUUAAAGGAUCCGAAAUUACCUCCACCACCUCCUUUAACAAUGAUCUGAUGUCUGGUGAAAAAAAAAUUUCCAAGCAAAAAGAGGCAACACUUAAGGAUGAGGCCAAAGGCCACAAAAUCUCAUCAAAAGAAAGAAAUGGAAGACAACCACAAGCUAAAAUCGAUGUAUCAACAAACACACCAUGUGAAAUUGAAGAAGAAUCACCUCCAUUCAGCUCGGAAACGUCAACGUUAACCGAUGAUUCGAUAAAGUUCGAAGAAGACAAGGUUUUGAAUGACGCAACCAAACAAGAAACAGAUGAACAUGGAAACAAAUUUGACAAUAAUUCUUCUGCUUUUUAUUCAAGUUUUUUGAAUAAGAAGAGGAAGAAGAAGAGGAAUAGUGUUAAUGUGGAGAAGGAAAGUACUCCGGCGGGCUCGUCGACAUCGUCGGAAAAUUCUUCUUUCAUGAGGAGUAAGAGUUAUUCCAGUGGAGCUUCUCAUAUGUUUCGGAAUUUGAUUACAUGUGGGGCUGUGGACACUAAUGACUCGGCCAUGGUGAUGUUCAACCGCCGAAACAGAGCUUCUUUGAGUAUUCCGACCGGUGAACGGUGUAGUAACUCGUCGGAGAUUGUGAAGAGAGAAACGUUGGGUGGCUCUGAAAGGAUCUUUGGGACUCCAUGGAACCAACAGCAACAUAGUGGCAGGAAAAGCUGUGAUGGAGUGAUGGAUGCAAGGAAGAAUAAGAAGAGUGAAUUCAGCAACGAAAAAACUGCCAACCUUGGGAAAAGGCCAAAUUGCUCGCAGUGUGGGAAGCCAUUCAAGCCAGAGAAACUGCCCACACAUAUGAAGUCCUGCAGGGGAAUGAAAGCCUUAUCCAAGGAUGCAAGACCUGCUACUUCUGCUACCACAGCUGAGAAGACACCACAGACAACAAAGAAUUCUUCUCAUCAGGACUCAGUUUCUGGCCAUUACUUGACCACUAACUGAAUGGUAGUCACUUCUUUAAUGAUUUUUCUUCCUGGAUUCUUUGUGAAAGAGCUUUAAUAUUUUCAUAAUCUGUUGGUGUUUCUCAAUGUAAAGUGACAAAGGGUAGCAUAGGCAGAGAUGGUCAUGGA